CAAAAUCAUUAAUUACCUAAUUGCAACUUGCAAACACUCAACUUGCACCUUCAAUCUAACAAUUGGGAAAAUGGGUAACUUCAAAAGUGUUAAGAGUCCAAGAAAGAUGGGGAUUGGGGUAGUAAAAGAAUGAAACAAAGUUUAUAAAAUGUUUAGUUGAAUAAUUCACUAUAAACAGUGUAUUCUCCCCACAUUAACAAAUUGAUAAUCCAAAGUAAUAUGACAAUCAUGAUGAUUGUGACUCUACAUUUGUUCCAUUCACCCUCUUCCAAAUAGGAGUAAUUUUCUACCAUAUUAGUGCUUUUGUGUAUGAUUGUGUGUAUGAGAUUUCUCUCCCCUGGCCCUCAACUCUCUCUUCUGAAAUCUCAGCCUGUAAUACUCCAUUUUUCUGAUCUGUUACUACUUGGGGAAACUCAGACUAACCAUUAUAUCUGCUGAUUCAGUGUGUUUUUUACUUUGUAUUUUCAGGAUGGAUGGUAUACCUGUUCCAACGCUUUAGGAAGAGAGUCACAUACUACGAGGUUGCUUGAGUUCAAGCUAAGAGUGAUCUUAUGAUAUCAUUGUAUGUGUUUUCCUACUUUGUAGAUGGCUUUGAGUGUGUAUAGUCAAAGAAAGCUUUUAAAAGAAUGUUGAUUUAGAAGCAUUAUGGAACACAUCGGAUAAUUGGGAAAUUCCCAUGAUGUUGCUCAAGUUCUCAUAUUAGGAAAUCAAAGGGUAUCUUAUUGGUUCGAGAAUUACUUGCACACCAUGUUAUCGAUUCUUUGUCGGAGUUCUUUAUUUUCAUGUUUUCGUCCGCGUGACUAUCAGAUGUAGCUAACUGUGUUUGCAUCGAUCAACACUGCUCACUCCUCCCUUCUGUCUACCAAGCCCCUUUAUGUGGUGCUUGAAGAAUAUUUUUGUGUAAAAAGUCGCACUAUGAAUCACUCUAGCAAAACAUCGUUACCAGCAAUUGACUCUAGCAAAGGAAUGACAGAAUAUAGUAACGCUCUUCCUCCUUUUGAUGGUUCAUUAUCUAGUGAAUCUUCAUACCCCUUUUUGAAGCAAUCCGAAAAACUGAAAUCCUCGUCUGGAUCUGGCGAAUUUCUAUUGUCUAGUUCUGAAGCCCAUCUUAAGAGUGCACAUUCUCGUUCUUCUAUGUUCUGCACAAACCUGUAUUUAUCCUCUUCUACGAGUUCAGAAGCCCGAAGGCAGCUCGGGAACCUUCCAUUUCUUCCAAGCCCUUAUACGCCUCGAUCCACCAAGACCCAGUUGUUUCUUAACGAAGAUGUAGACAGUCUGUGUAAGCAAAAGCAUUCAGAGGAUUCAUUUAAAGAUUUUCUAAAUUACCCUGGAAGCAUAUCUGAUGGUGAGUUUGAUGAUGUUACCUGCGGAAGCGACUCUUUAGCACUUUCGGAGCAGUUGGAGCUACAGUUAUUGUCUGAUGAACUACACUUAGCUAUAACUGACAAUGGAGAGAAUCCUGGAAUUGAUGAACUAUAUGAUGCUGCUCCAAUGGCAUCAAAGCCUGUAAUCGUUUCAACAGUUCCGAAUAAUGCUCUGCCAGUUCCCCCAUCAAUAAAUGCCAUUUCUAGUCACAAAGCACCCGCGGCUGGGGUUUGUCAUAAGACAAGGAUGAGAUGGACACCCGAGCUCCAUGAACGUUUUGUAGAAGCUGUCAACACCCUUGAUGGUCCUGAAAAGGCAACUCCUAAAGGAGUAUUAAAGCUUAUGAAUGUUGAAGGGAUCACCAUCUAUCAUGUGAAAAGCCACUUACAAAAAUACCGACUCGCAAAGUUUAUACCAGAGAAAAAAGAAGAGAAGAAACCUUCUAAUUUGAAUGAGAAGAGAACACAUUUAAGCACCAAAGAAUCUGAUGCAUUAAAGAAAGGGAGUAUAACUGAGGCUCUACGGAUACAAAUGGAAGUGCAGAAACAGCUGCAUGAACAGCUUGAGGUGCAACGAGCACUUCAGGUACGCAUCGAAGAGCAUGCUCGCUACUUGCAGAAGAUCUUAGAAGAACAGCAAAAGGCUCAAAUUGCCGUUGUCUCAUCACAGUCAUUGUCGUCAGUUACGUGUGAAGAGCCAGAGGUGGAACGGUGUCCUGAAUCACUGCCUAAUAAGCUUACCGAAUCCAAAUCUAAUCCUUCAUCUCCAUUGCCAUCGAAGCAUACAAGUGAGGACUCUGAGUCUCAACCAUGCUUGAAAAGACCUCGCCUAGAAGACGAAGCUAAGCAUGACCGCCCUUUGGAUGUGCCACCUGUUCACAAUUCUUUAUGAUUGAAAUAUGUUGAUCAGACUCGGAUCAAAUACUGGUACGCGUUCAAAUGUCUCAUCUGCACUAUUUUGUGCAACAUUUCUAUGAUUUCGCACAAAAUGAAGUGAAGUUUUCACACCUAUAUCACAAUGUUGAGAAUUUGAAUUUAGAUUCAAAGGGUGAAAUGAAAAUUCGGGAUGAAAUAGGAUGAAUGGUGACUACGACAUGAAAUCCAAUCAGUUAGUCCUUUGCAUAUCUUGUAUACAAUGUAUGGAUUGUUGUUAGUUAUUUGAUUUUCCUCAAUGGUGGUCUCAUUUGCCACACAAAGGAGUGCAAUAGAAGAUCCAUGGAGUUUCUUGGAGUAGUGUGCCUAUUUGAUGAGUCUUCAAAAUGUAGUCUUUAUUUUCCGAACUAGUUAUGGGGUAUUUGGCAAAAUGAUUUAUUGAACAAUUUUAGCUUAUUUUGAGACAAAUAGAUGGUUGAUUAUAUUAGUUGGUCAAAUCAGUUACUUCAGUCAGCUAUUAACUACCAACUAUCGGUUGAUGGCCAAACACUGCAUAAUUUUUGAAGGCUUUAGUAAAAAUGUUGUACUAAGUAAAUAUAUUUAUAUUGUUCUUGAAGACAUCAUCAUAUAAAUUUGGUGCUUGAAAUUA